CUUCUUUUCUUCUGCCGACGGGAGAAGUUUCUUUUUUCAGCCGCAACAGUCGAAGAGAUACGGAUCUCGAAAAAAAAAGACUGACAAUGGCAUGUCAAGACCAAAUUGUGUCACCUUCUUGGCUCCCGCCUCGACCCACCCGGCCCGUCUGACACAACACCACACAACACAACGCAAGGAGAAAAGGGACCUCACUGCUCGGGUAGCACAAGGAGACGGGAACGACAAGUCAGUGCUGCUAGUGGGGGUACACUGAAGAAGCACCUCUGCCCGCCAACACUCCCUAUUCGUCGCCCACAAGGCAGGACGUUGAGACGGGGCCCGAUGCAGCUCCGGAGCAGCACCCUCAACACCCCCGGCCUUUUCCCAAAUUUAUCUCGCUCGCUCGUAUCGUGCCAUGAGCCCACAGCGCAACGACAGAGAUGUUCCCCCCUAAUUCCAGUUUCCAAAACAUCCAGACUCGGCCUUGGCGUCGCUAGCGGGCCUGAUACUAUCGUUUACAAGGCACGGAGAAUGGCGCCGGGUGGUGUCUCCGAACCCCUCAAUCAACAAAAUGGCGUGUCUGGAACCUUGAUGAACCAUGGACGCACAUGGCAGUCGUCGUAAAAAGACGUAUGCCAGGUGGUAUUCAUCCAACAUUGAAGAAGGCGCCACAUGGAAGUCGAACCCGGGUGAACCAAACCAACCCCCGGCCCCCCCCCCCCUGGUCAAUCCCGCCUCGGCUUUCCAACCGCCGGCACCUCUCCGAUCACUUGGCCUGCUGGUCGACUUUGUCGUACCAUGCGCCCUGUUCACGUCAGAGGUUGACAAAAGCGCGUCGAGAUGGUUCAAUCCAACAUAUAAAUCUACCGUGAACCUCGAGGGCCAUGUUUUCUUUUUUCCCUCUAUCCAUCCACAUGAUUGCAGGUGUUCAGACGACCCCGGAGACCUAAAACAAGCCACGGAAUCUCCUUCCUCAGCUACACACCCCAGAAAGCACCUCGAGCUUUCUACUUAUAAAGUCGCUUGGCUGUCAGCGGACAGUCCACAUCUUAUUGCACCUUAGAUCUCCCUUCGUGGAUCAAAAUCAGCAGCACCCACACCUUACGCACCAAACUCACCUUCACCAUGUCUGGCGGAUUCAACAAGUACCGAUGCAAGUACUUCUUGAGCUACAACUGCCCCAAUUGGGUGUUUAUGAACGGCCACGCUUGCGGCUCUUGUCUUGCCGAGGGCCGUGAAGCAAUGGAGCCUGCGGAGUCCACCGGGGCUCUUGCAACCUGGCGACAGCCCACCGAGGUCUGCGUCCCCAAAGCGUUCCAGGGAACGCUCCAAUACAUCAUCAUGGAGGCUGUUCCGAAUGCCACCGCUGGAUCGUACUGGACCUUGCGGCAAAAGGUCUUGGACCCCCGGACUCAAAUGAGCCAAAUCAACAUCAACCAAAUUACGACAAGCGACACCCCGCGGCCUGUCAUGACCACGACGGGCAUUCCUAUGCAGGUGCGAUAUUAAAGGGGGUGCAACGACGACGACUUACCCAGCCUGAUUUCAGUCAAUGGCCAAUUGGGCUUUUGGAUGGUAUGUUGGGAUUUUGGAAUCUCAGAGUGUGAGCUUUCUUUGGUUUGACGUGUGGUGGAUGCCAACGAGCACGACUGGAAACGCAAGCAACAAUGCAUUUGAACCCCCUGGAUGUAUGAAAGAGAGAGCUCCAUGGAUUGGGUACACAGAACCAACAAUGGAGCGAUGGACGCGAUUUUCUUUGUUCUUUGUUUCUUUUCCCGAGCAACAAAAGAUUGAUACCACUGGGGUUUUCCAUCUGAUGUGGAGGGUGUGAAUCUGCAGUUCUGGUCGACAUGGGAGUCUACGGUUACAUGGGUGGCACGGAAUGGCGUUGCUUCCUGCGUGAUUGCGGCGCAGAACUGGUCUUGGUCGAACUACUGUCAUUUUCGGGCUCAAUUGAGCAAUAGCAAAAAGCAAACUAUAGCCAGCAGAAUGAAUUCAGAGCGAUUCCCAGUCUGCCUAGCCUGCAUCGCAGGAAGAGGAACCUAUCUCCGUCAACUGCACAUAUGCACCACCUGGCGUGUCGCCAAAGAUAAGCCUUGAUCACCACCC